AUGUUGGCCCCAUUGGAAGAUCAACAUGCUCACGUCGCCCACCUCAAGAGUAUCGCCAAAAAGUGGGCUGAGCAAGUGCGAUCGGGGCGUCUACACAAAUACAAUGUCAUUCCCCUUAUCAAGACAACAGUGAUGAAAUCCCUGGAAUAUCCUAUGGUGUUAACUACACUGGAUGCUGCGACAUGGGUGUCAAUUAUGAGUCCCGUUCUCCAAGUCUGCCUGCCGAAGGCCGGCAUAUGUAGGAGCUUUCCUCGUGACAUGGUUCUUGCCCCUCUCAAAUUCCAGGGUCUGGGCAUCCCCCAUCCGUUUGGUACUCAGGUGUCUAAACAUAUUGAGGUCCUGCUUCGCCACUUGUCCAACCGAACAAAAACUGGGGCGUAUAUGGAGGCUGCGGCUCAAGAACACCAACUUGAGAUUGGCACCUCCUUUGGACUCUUCCAGCAGGACUAUAGCAACACGGCAAUUUUGGCGUCAGAAACUUGGCUCAAAAGAGUCUGGAAAGAGUUGGAGGACUUGGAUAUCUACGUUGCUCUUGACUCUCCUGUCCUCUCUCUCCGGUGCGACGGCGAUGCCUUGCUCAUUGAGGUAUUCAUGGAGUUGGAAGUGGACCAGGACGCUCUGAAAUGGCUCAACUGGUGCCGUAUGUUCCUCCAAGUUUGCACCGUCUCCGACAUCGUUACCGCCGAUGGCCGCAGCAUCCGGGAGUCAAUGUGGCAUGGGGAACGUGACUACGCUCAUCGGUCGUCAUAUCAAUGGCCUCGCACUGUCCGGCCCAACAGGAACCACUGGAAGGUGUGGCAGGACCACCUUACUCGAGCACUACUUGUCUCUGACGGAACCCAGCGCCUACUGCGUCAUCCUCUGGGCCCAUGGUUCGACCCUCUCGACAACUGGAACUGGUUAUGGUCUUCUACCCACGGAUUGUUCCACCGCCAGGGCCACGGUUGGCAACACUACUGUCAUCGUCGCUCCUUCACACGGAGCAUUCAAUGGGACUAUCCUCGUUCUACGCAAUUGUCCGGGUGCAAACGACCACAUAACAAGCCUACCGACAACGGCGUCAGCUUCUUGCCGGCCCCCUUUUGGACCCAACCACUCCCAGCCGACUUGUGCCGAGCUACCAUGGCCGCCUCAGCCAGGGUGACCGAGUAUGUUGGCUGGACCCCUGAAGAAGUAGAAAUCGAUGGCGACGAAAGCCUCCUUGCUGAAGCCCUACUCGAAGACCGGCUGUGUGUGAUCAGCGACGGUUCUUAUAAGCUCGGUCUGGGCACGGCAGCGGUUCAACUGCUUCCACGUAAGGGUGGCAAGGCACGUAUUAUUGUUCGGUGCCAGACUCCGGGUCUACCUGAGGAUCAGAGUGCGAUUGCGUGCGAUGGAUUUUCGGCGUUGCUCAACACCUUUACUGACAAUCGAGUCACACCGCAACAAGCCCAGUUUGACCUGGUCUCCUCUAUCCGGGAGGCACUGGCCCACUCUAGGGCCUCGUGGGAACCUAGCCACGUGUACGUUCACCGUGAUAAGGCGACAUCCUUUUCGUGCCUCUCUUGGUGGUCCAAACGGAAUGUGGAAGUGGAUGCGUGGGCGGUUGCUUAUCGCCACCAGCUCGAAGCUUCACACCGAUUGAUUGCACCUAACGCUCGUUUCUUUACCAAAUUGGCUGCCCUCUACAUCGGGGACGUCAAACAGUCGCGAUUGAAUCCAGAACAGGUCCAGGAACUGGUGGCGCUGCCUGCUCUACGCAAGCGAUGGCAUGAGCGGCAGACGAUUACACCAGAGGCAGAACUGGAGACCGAUUGGACCAGUCUGGCUCGCGCCAUGAGCUCCCUUCCGGCAGGUGUCCAACGUUGGAUCACAAAGCACGUCGUAGGGAUGUGUGGUGUAGGGAAGUUCAGAGUCCGGUGGGGUUCCGCCGACUCAGCUGCGUGCCCCUGCUGCGGCGAGUUUGAGGACCACCUUCAUGUUCCUCGAUGUAUGGCGCCCUCAGCGAGUGCGGAAUGGGAGCGCCGGACGGCGACGUUGGACCAAUGGUUGGACACCCAAGUCACUGACCCAGCCAUCAAACACGCUAUCCUCUACCUUCUUCAAGGGGUUUGUGAUCCGUCCCUACCUUGCAGUCGGUUGGUUCCGGUUCGUCUUCGCCGCGCUGUCCUCUCCCAACAACGCAUCGGCUACCAAGGUUUAUUGGAAGGCCGGCUGUCCGUUCAGUGGACGGCCCUGCAGGAACAGUACCUUCAGUCACGAGGGAGCCAACGCUCUCCGCCCCUGUGGGUCUUCGCCUGUCGCAUCAGCUGA